AGUCCUGCCUCCUGAAGGCCGCGCGGCUGCUCAGCCCUCUCGGCUGGAGCGAUUACGUGGCUCGAGAAGCAGAGGAGAGGCGCGGCGUGAUGGCGGUUCCCGUGCGCAGCCCGUCGAUGCUCUUGCGGCUCUUGCUGCUGCUGGCCUGCCUCGCGUCGCCCGGCUGGGGCCUCUACUUCCACCUGGGCGAGACGGAGCGCAAGUGCUUCAUCGAGGAGAUCCCCGACGAGACCAUGGUCAUCGGGAAUUACCGGACACAGCUGUUUGAUAAGCAACGGGAAGAGUACCUACCAGCUACUCCUGGCCUGGGCAUGUUUGUGGAAGUGAAGGACCCUGAUGAAAAGGUGGUGUUGUCUCGACAGUAUGGGUCAGAGGGCAGAUUCACCUUUACUUCACACACACCUGGGGAACAUCAGAUCUGCCUACAUUCUAAUUCCACAAAGUUUUCCCUUUUUGCGGGAGGCAUGCUGAGGGUCCACCUCGAUAUCCAGGUUGGGGAACAUGCCAACGACUAUGCUGAGAUUGCAGCCAAGGACAAGCUGAGUGAGCUGCAGCUACGUGUACGCCAGCUCCUAGAGCAGAUUGAACAGAUCCAGAAAGAGCAGAACUACCAGCGGUGGCGAGAGGAGCGCUUCCGGCAAACUAGUGAGAGCACAAACCAGCGAGUUCUCUGGUGGUCCAUUGUCCAGACCCUCAUUCUUGUAGCCAUUGGAGUCUGGCAGAUGAGGCAUCUUAAAAGUUUCUUUGAGGCCAAGAAGCUGGUAUAAAAAAAUGGUGUGUUUGUUUGAUAUCAGCAAAAGGCCUGCAGUUCCCACAGGAGCCAUUCCCAGUUCUUCAGUGCCUGCACGGGUGCUUCUCCUCUCCUCAGUCUUCUUCCACCAGACUGGUUGUUGUCCAGGCUCAGUGUCAUCUACCUCUCUCUGCCUCUGUCCUUCCAUUUCUCUUCCUCCUUGCCAACAUCUCAGCCUGCUGCGGUUCCAGGGCAGCAGCUUCGCCUCUUAAGGCCCUGUGUUUUCUCCAGACAAUCCAGACCUGCCCUCCCUCACUGUCACUCAUGUUCUGUGUGAGGAGCUUUUGGGGCGGGUGCUUUUCUCUUGCCUAAGUGUGUCCUUCAUUCAUCAAAAAUCAACUCUUCCCAAGGGCACCCAGGACCAUUUUUUCCAGCCAGCAUCACAAAUGACAAAGCCCAGGAACUGAUGCCAGUUUUGAGCCCUGCUGUAUUUUUACUAGUUCUGACUUCUUGAUGCCGCCAGCAUAUUGCUUUGAAGAAAAGCACUGAAUAAGAAGACCUGGAAGCUCUGCCUGCAGUUCUCCUGUCCUGUAUAUUCUUAAUGUGAAUGGGAUAUGGAAUGAUUUUGGGAUUAACUGCUGUGGGAUUGGUGGAAUAAUAUUGGGGGACACUGUAUGUAUGUGUUGGGAUAUGUGAUAAUAAUUGGGCUAUUGACUGAGGAUAGCCAAGUAUUGAAAUUUACUUGACUUAUAUCUUCCUCUGUAGCUUGCUAGAAUUAAAUUGGCUUUUCCUGUAUACGCACAACCACUAUUCUUCUGGCAGAUCAGAUGCCUCAUUUUCUUACGAAUGUGAGCUUCUUGCUUGUAAGCUUGGUUCUGCACUGCUGUUCUUACAGCAGGAACAUGUGUUGACUUGCUUGUUCCAGCUCAAUCCUAACUCCCAUUUACUUGGAAGCAAACCCCAUUCCCAAGUAACUUUACAGUCCCGGUCUCCUAGGGGCUUGUUUUGCUAAAUACAUUUAUGGAUAUCUAACAGAUCAUAUGGUUUGAUUAUAAUUCCAAAAUUAUUGAAGCAUCCUCUCAUGACUCCUCCCCUAUCAAAGUCUGAGAUUGCUGUUUGAGAGGGAGGAGACCCAGAAGACUGUUACAUUUAAACUAGGGGGAGAGCCAAAAAGAUUGUUAAAUCUCAACGAGACCAAUUUUGAACUGGUCAACCAUGGUUUACUGGCCUAAGAUUGAACCAUGUGCCCAUACACUCUUCCUUCCCCUUCUCCCUUCAUUGCACCCAGCUUGGACACUUACAUCGUGCUUGUUAGGAAUGGAAACCUAACACUUGUGAGCUUCAGCACUUAAGCCUAAGUUUGGAUGUUAUUAUGAGAAACUGGUGUAACAAGCCCCCAAUUUGGGUGCAUAAGGAGAGGGGUAAGAACCGUGUGGGUUGGGAGGCACGCAGCUUGUUCUCGGGCCAAUAUCACUAUGGGUGACCUAGCCAUCGUAUGUAGACUAUUUAAGUGAAGGGGCUAUUGCUGAUGUCCAGUGUCUUUUGUUUGUAAAUGUUACUGGUGACUAAGCCUUUGGAGAAGUGACUGUGUUGGCUUGGCGUAUCUGAGAUGGAUUUUUUAGGAGACACCUAUCCAUGCCUUCUUUUUGCUAUAGAGGUCUGAAGCUCAUAUUUUGUGUGUCAUGGUGGCUGAGCAGAAAACCUAAAAGGGUAGCAUAGUCUUGGCUCAGCUUUGGCUUUACAAUUACCAUACUGAUAUUACAUGAAAGUAGAGACAAGUGUACACUUUCCAAAAUGUGAAAGGGAUUUUUUUUGUUGCCAAAGCAAAAACCAGAAUUGUUUACUAGAGGCGAGGGCUAUAACCUGGGAACAACUGUAGUCUGCAAUUCAAAUGGCACCAGCCUUUCAAUUACUAAAUUUUAUCUUGUUUUUUCCCCUUGCUGCUUUGAAUAUGUUGUGUUAUUAAAUUUACAAAAGGGUGGUGGUGGUAUAUUGCUGAGAUACUUGUGAAUGUCCUCCAGUUGCUAAGGAGUUCUGAGCCAGACAUAAUCUGCUCUGGCCUGAACUGUCUUGAUUUUCAGAUAGCAGAACUUGCUAAACAUUGAAGUGCUGAAGAUGUUCAGAAUAAUUAUUUGAGGGCAUUAAACUGGGUUUAAUUAUAAAGCUACAUGACUGUGCCGAGGUCUAUCUUAAAAAAAAAAACUGUUUAGAGCACAGGAAAGCACAUUCUAGACUAGGUGUGGGGAACCUUUGGCUCUCCAAAUGAUGCUGAACGACAGCUCCCAUCAUCCCUGGCCAUUAGCCGUUCUGUCUGCAGCUGAUGGGACCUGUAGUUCAGUAACAAAGAUUCAGCCAAAGGUUCCCAGACCUGCUCUAGAAUGAAGAUUGCUGCACUAGAUGAGUGAAUGCUGGUGUCCUAUUCAUUGGAACCAGGUUUGUUGGAAAGGGUCUCUUUCAUCUGAGGUUUUUUGUUUUGUUUUUUGUUUUGUUUUGUUGUUGUUUUUAGUUUCCCAGGUUUGUGUUAUUUGCAAUGGUCUGUGUUUGUGCCACUGACUACACCAUCCAAUUGAAGUGUUCCAAGAUCCCAACUUUCCUAAAGCCACCUUGACUGUGUGCACAUAUGAAACUGAAGUUGCCUGUUUCUUACACUCUGCUGUGACCAACUAAGACAACUUAAUGGGGUGACAAUUUUAGAUACUCCAAUGUAGUUCAAGCUUUUAUGUAGGAGAUUAAACAACUAAGGCUUUAUGGGUGAGGGACCAGUUUUAAUGAGUGGCACAUGCUUGUUUUUUUUGUAUUGUGGCUAUUUUAGCCCUGGUUGCUACUGUAAAGCAAAUGAGAGAGAAGUCAAUAAAGAUGGUAUUUCCUUCUAACAA